CUAAGAACGUGGUACGCAGCUCCUUGGUGGUAAUCGAAACAACUGAGUGCAUUCAAGGACAAGGAGAAGGCUACCGGGGUACCGUGAACACCAUCUGGAGUGGGAUUGAAUGCCAGCGCUGGGACUCUCAGGUGCCUCACCAACAUAACUUCACGUGGGAAAACUUUAAGUGCAAGGAUUUGAGAGAGAACUAUUGCCGAAAUCCAGACGGAGCUGAGGUACCCUGGUGCUUUACGACUAAUCCAAAUAUUCGGAUUGGAGAUUGUUCCCAAAUCCCAACAUGCAACACAUCCACGGAGAAAGAUUGUUUUCGAGGAAAUGGGACAAAUUAUAUGGGCAAUUUAGCCCAGACACGGUUCGGCUUGACUUGCUCUAUGUGGGAUAAAAACAUCCAAGAUUUAAGAAGGCACCUCCCUAUAUAUAAAGACCUAGAUAUAGGGAAGGUGAAGAAAAAUUACUGUCGCAAUCCGGAUGACGAUGCUCACGGACCUUGGUGUUACACCAGCAAUCCUCAGAUCCCUUGGGACUACUGUCGUAUAUCUAGAUGUGACAGUGAUCCAGUUUCUAUGAUGAGCAAUUUAGACAUUCCCAUCAUUCCGUGUGCAUCGACUAAGCAUCUAAGAGUUGUUAACGGGAUCCCUACACAACCGGAUAAGGGAUGGAUGGUCAGCUUGAAAGACAGAGGCAGACAUUUUUGUGGAGGUUCACUGGUGAAAGAAGAUUGGGUCCUGACAGCCAAACAGUGUUUUCUCUCUCGGCAUAAUCUCAAAGACUAUCAGGCUUGGCUUGGAAUCCAUAAUGUGGAAAGAGCUCAUGAAGAAAAACAUAAGCAAGUUCUGAAUAUUUCCCAGUUGGUCUAUGGGCCUGAAGGAUCUGAUAUAGUAUUAUUGAAACUUUCCAGACCUGCAGUAAGCAACAAUGCUGUAGCUAUAAUCCGCCUGCCCAUUUCUGGUUGCACCAUUCCAGAUGGGACCACCUGCAGUGUUUAUGGAUGGGGGCACACAGGAACAAGAAAUUUUGACGGGCAACUUCAGGAAGCAAAUAUGAUCAUUAUGGGGAAUGAACGUUGCAAUCAAGAUUUUGGAGGAAACGUAGUCCCGAAGGAAUCAGAAAUGUGUGCUCGAGCUGAGAGCAUCGGCAGUGGAACUUGUGAGCGGGAUUACGGUGGCCCACUGGUCUGUGAGCAGAAUAGAAUUAAGAUUGUGGUGGGGGUGAUCAUCCCUGGACGAGGAUGUGCAGUUCCCAAACGGCCUGGGAUUUUCGUCAAGGUGGCCUAUUACUCCAAAUGGAUACACAAGAUCUUAAUGACGUACAGGUCAUAG